UUAUCUGAUUCAGUACGUCACGCAUUUCGUUUUGCUUUAGAACAAAUUAAAUAAGAGGAAUUAAAAAAUAUAUAUUUUGUUUUGUUGAGUAUGUGUGGUGCCCCUCUCUCAGUGAAGUGUGAAAAUAUGAUAUAUUUAAUUAAAGAAUCUAAUAAAUAAUCUAAUUUUCAAUAUGUAUUUGCUUGUGUGUAUGUCUCCUCUUUUGCUAUCCCAUUUUUCUUUCUGCAGAAAGUGAAAAAAAUAUAGGAAAAAAAAUGUUAAGAUAAUGAGAAAGGAGUGAAAAUCGCGGAGAAGCAAAAAAUAAACGUCACGGCAAAUAGAAAAAUUAUAAAGGGGUGUGUGAAAUAUUAAGGAAUAUGUGCGAAAUUUAAAAGAAAUAAGUGAAAUAUUUCGGGAAGUUUGUGGAAAACCUCUGUGACGGCGACAUUGUGUUUUGCAAAAUAGCAUAGCAUUCGUUUUUGCUCUAUACACAGCCAAGGAAAGCACCAACAGACGAAAACAACAACAAAAAGGUUACUGUGUAACAAAAGACCUGCUCCUGUUUCCUAGUCAUCGUCAUCCUCAUCUUCAUCGCCACAUCCUUCUAGAGGGGACGACGGGUACGGACGGCUAGGGGCAAAGCAUAAAACGUCUCGUAACACCUCGUCAUAUUAUCAUCGUCGUCGUCUUCUUUGUGGAAUAGCAGUCAACGCCAUUGUCAUUGGUGGUUGUCGUGGUAUUUUUGCGUGCUUUAUUUUUUUGUUCCUUCUUUGAUGUCUGGAUAUUUGCUGUGGUGGCGGCGGAGGUGUGUUGUUUUCCAGCACAUGAAAGUAAUAUUUGUCAAGGUUUUUACUGUAGCCCUACUCGUCGCUCUGUAGAAAGAUCGUGCAUGCAAAAAAAAAAAAAUCAGACGAGGACACAGUGUCUGCCUCGACACAAAAUAAAGUUGCAAGGAGAAGUCAAUGAAAAUUAUCUCGCUGCUCCUUUUCUACCUUCACCAAAGCUGACAAACAUAUACCUAAACGAUACUCCAUAAAGUCUAGACAAGACAAGGGGUUCUCACAUUUGUUCCCCAAUACUACAUCUGGUUUUCUACUACAGCUUUUUAGGCUGCGUCGGCGACAUGGACAUACUUGCACCUGUUCUGUGAAACAACAAAAGCAGCAACAUUCGCAACAUUGGCAAGAAUAACAAUUUGGAAUCGCCAUUUCAUCACUCACAUCGAUUGCCGCCAUCAUCAUCACUGCGGCGUCCGUCAUCAAUAUCAUCAUCGACCUCAUCAUCAUUGUCAUCCUCUUCGACGAUCAACAACGACAGCAGCAGCAAGAAUAUAAAUUCCGUCACCAGCAUUAGCAGCAUUAACGAGACUAGCAGCGCCACCAGCAGUGGCAGCAGUAGAGUUAGCAUUAACUACGCCAGCACCGACGACAAAAUGCCCCGAUGCGAUGUUAAAACACGUUACAUUCCUGCGACUUUCGCCUGGAUUUUAUUAUUAACCACAACUUUUCUCUUCUUCUUUUAUCCCUGCCAAUAUUAUUUAAAAAGCCAUCCAUGGGUGCCAGCAUAUCAGGGGGUCAUAACGUUUUUUGUUUUGGCCAAUUUCACAUUGGCCACAUUUAUGGAUCCCGGUGUGAUACCAAAAGCUUCCCCCGAUGAAGAUCGCGAAGAGGAAUUUCGCGCACCCCUUUAUAAAAACGCAGAAAUCAACGGCAUUACGGUGAAAAUGAAAUGGUGCGUCACCUGUAAAUUUUAUCGACCGCCCCGAUGUUCACAUUGUUCUGUGUGCAAUCACUGCAUAGAGACAUUCGAUCAUCAUUGUCCUUGGGUGAAUAAUUGCAUUGGGCGACGGAAUUAUAGAUUUUUCUUUUUCUUUUUGGUUUCCCUAUCGAUACACAUGUUGAGCAUAUUCUCAUUAUGCUUAUUUUAUGUAUUAAAAAAUAUGCCAAGUAUAAGGCAAACAGCGCCAAUAGUAUCCAUGGUUUUAAUGGGUAUUGUAACGAUAUUAGCCAUACCCAUAUUCGGUUUGACUGGGUUUCAUAUGGUACUGGUCUCUAGAGGUCGCACCACAAACGAACAGGUGACAGGUAAAUUCAAGGGUGGUUAUAAUCCAUUCUCCCGCGGUUGUUGGCAUAAUUGCUGCUACACCCAAUUUGGUCCACAAUAUCCAAGUCUUCUCAAACCCGAUAAAUAUGCUGCACGUCGUUCACAUAAAGAAAAUCAAGCCAUUAGCACGAUAACCACAGAACGUGAUUCAAACAAUCAACAAAAUUCGGGCAGUAUUCGUGGUAAACCACCGGGUGGCGGUGGUGGCAAUGGAGGCGGCGGCAACGGCGGUGGUGGUACAGGUGGUGGCGGCAUGCCCACUACAAAUAACCAACAUUCUCCCCAUGGAAUGCCUCGCAAUUAUUACGAUAGGGACCAGCGUCAUACACAGGUAAAGACUUAUACGGACCAGGGCAAUGGUUUUAAUCAGCGGUCGGGCAGCACAACGCUUUAUAGUAAGUUAUCGCCCGGUCGAGAAUGUUCCGAUACUGAUAUGGAACCACAAGCAUCACAGAGUCAAGAUUGUGAGCCCACACCGCCAUUACAACGACACAAUUCAACCAAUUUCUUCUUGCCUCCCAUGGAGAAUGUGAAUGGGACAAUAUCAACGGGUCAGGGUAAUGCUGGCCAAAGCAAUGGUGGCGGUGAUUCGCCACGACAUAUGCGCAUGUACCAUCCCAGGCAUAGUCCUUUAGCAAGACAAAGGGGAUUGGAUCCACAGCGUGGUUUCAAUGAUGCCAUGUCACCAGAUAAUCCAAAUCAUAUUAGCCAACAACAACAGCUGCAGCAGCAACAAGCACAAAAUCGCACGGGGACAACGGCUACACCCACCAUGCAACAACGCAUGAAACCUUUGGGUGUAGCCACACCACUCGUUAUGGCUAGUCCAGUUAGAAGAUCGAAUCCUGGCACACCCACACAGCCACGGAGGCCCGACUUCAUAGGUUUGAAUCAACAACAACAGCAACAACUUGCGAAUCCACAAAAUCCAACGCAAUCCUUUUACGAAUAUACAACAAAUGUUGGUGUCUCCUCAUCCUCAUCAUCAUCGGCGGGACUACCACCACAGCAUCCGCAAUUACCCACAAUACAACAGCAGCAACAAAUGUUGAUGCAACAACGUGCCAUAAUGCAACAACAGCAACAAGGGGCUAUCAAUAUGCAACAACAGCAUGCUGCCGCAUUAGCUCAACAACCCUAUGGUGGCAGUCCUCAAAGACGCUUUCUCUCCGAAGGUGAAUUGGUACGUCAGAGUAGCGGCGCUGUUGGACCUGCUGUGGGUGAUUUGGCUUACGCCCGUUCCAAUAAUACCGUGGAUAAUAUACGCGAAUUGGCUGGUAGUCCCCAACGAGGCGUGUACAUGUGGAAGGAUACUUCGCCAGGCUUUCAGGGGAGUACAGGAGGUUGCGGCAUCGGCGGUGGCAUGAUGAUGCCAGGACCACCAUCCUCAAUGGGAGGUAUUGGCAGCAGUGCAGGCACUAUGCCAAACAGCAUGCAACCACAACAUCACAGUGCAGGUGGGCCUCAAUACAUCACAGGUGGAGGAGGAGGAGGAGGUGGGGGAGUCCAACAAGGUCAUCCCCUUAUAUUGGCGCACUCUCGCAUGCAGCCAGGUGGCGGUGGUGGUGUGAUCCACGACUUCCAACAACAACAGCAGCAGCAGCAGCAACAACCGCAUGCGGUAUUUCAUCGUUCAAAUCCAACUAGUCCUACAACAUUACCUUCGGCUUCAACAACAGCCUCGGCGCCGGCAUAUAUGCUGCGCUAUGGCGGUGGUUCAUCUACAGUCUCAUCACAAUCACAGCCCCAGGCUAUGGCCAGCUAUAGUCAGGCUCUGGGCAGUGGCAGUACUGGCGGUAUUGGUGCCGUCAGCUCUGCCAGUCAAGGCUAUCAGCCUAAGAUACAUGGCGGUGUGCCCGUAUUUCCUCCCAAUCCCCAGGCCCUGGCUGGCAAUUCACAACCCUCGCCUCAAAUUAAGCGCAAACAAACUCCCACCCGACCCAUGUCCUUUGUGAGAGCACUCGAAAUGACCGAUUCUAUGGAAAUGCAAACGCUUGAGCAGCAGCAACAACAACAACAACACCAUCAUCAACAUCAGCAGCAACAACAACAGCAACAGCAGCCACAAAAUCGUAACAAUGGUGCCAUUUUAACGGGUCAGGGUGGUGGUGCCGGCGGCUCUCAUAUGAUGAGCUCCAGGGCGAAUACCACCACGCCCACACCCGACCGUGCCAGCGUAUACGAUAUGAAUUAUGAGAUUUCCGUAUAACCCGUGCUGGUACCGGUCGUUGUAGCCCCACCCGCCCCCUCAACGGCCCUGCACAACGCCUAUGGGCAUAAAAAACUAAUGGCGACAAACAGCAUUGGUAGCACCGUUAACACCGGCCCAUUAACCAAAAAAACGUUGGUGGUUAGCAGCAGCAGCAGCAGCAGUAGUGGUGGUGGCGUUGGCGUUGGUUGCAGUAGCAGCGGUCCUGUUGCCGGUGGCACCGGUAGUGUUAUUGUUGGUGUUGGCGUUGGUGUUGCCGCUGCUGUAGCAAAUCCUUGCGCUGCAGAGCCGGCUGCCUAUGCUUCUGUGGCUGUGGUAAAUGCCAACUCUACAACUGGCACAAGUAGCCAUAGUGUAAGACAACCAAAUAAACGAAAAUUCUCCACUUUUUUCUAAAAGAGAAAAGUUUUCAAAAUUCCCAUUUUGGUUUGGUUGGAAAGCCAAACAAACAAACAAACAAUCAAAGCCAAAGCUAGAGAGGUCCCGCCCCGCCCCAACCCCCCUCCAUCUUCCAAACAAUUUGGCAUAUAUUCCUAUGGCUCCUCCUGCACCCUAGGCCUUAGCCCAAUACAAAAGGGUUAUGAGCCGUUUCCAUUACUACUGAUCUUAUCACUAUGUCGCUUCGAUACUGCUCUCCUCAAACGAAAACAAAAAACAAACAUAAAACCAAUCAACCUCCCAAAUCUGAAAAGAAAAACAAACGAUUGUUGUAUAUACUAAUUUAAAGUAAUUCAUUUUUAUUUAUUUUAACAAUUAACGGCAAUUUUUUUGUAUUAUUAUUUAAUGAAAUAAGAAGAAAAAAGAUGUAACGCAAAGCAAACCUCCCCCGCCCCUCCUCCUAUAUACAAUCACAUAUGAAGAGUAAAAUUGUAUUUUAAUACCUAUCUACUAAAAUCAACAACAACAACAACUACUACUAAAAUUUAAUCUACUAAACACCAAAAACCAACCCAAUCAUGGAAACCCUACUUUUCCCCAUGAUAUAUCCAAAUUGCCUUUCCCCCUUUAAAAAUCCUUUCGUGGUACAUUUAAAAGACACUACAACGGAAGAGAAAGCGUUGCAUGAUUAAGAGUAAUUUUCUCUAUACCUGAUUACAUAGAAAAAAAUCCGUUUCAAUCGAGCGAUUCAUUGCAACCAAUGUUUGAAAGGCUAACGAUUAACGUUCCCAUAAAUAUUUAAACGUUUUAAAAAUUAAAUUUGAAGCUAACGAUUAUCGUGUUAUCGAUAUGACUCGAUAAUAUUAAUUGUAAGAGAUUAGUGUGGGGCGUUGAAGUAAAAGCAAAUAACUGGUCGGUAAAGCCUUUCUUUAAAAAAUUAUAGUAAACCGUUAUCGUUUUAUCGGUAUUUUAUACUUAACUUUUCAAUUGCCUUGCUUUUGGUAUGUUAUCGGUUAUCGUUUUAUCGGUAUUUUAUAUUUAACUUUCCAAUUGCCGUGUUAUUGGUAUGAAUCGAUAAAUGCCAGUACAGUGCAGAUGUACUGGAUAGAAUUUCAGUGCAAACUUGCACUGGUUAGUUAUUGAUAUCAUAGGACCACAGAUAAUAAUAACCUAUUUAUCGUUACAAAAAGAUUAAUAAUAACAGACACGUAUAAGGACUUAUUCCGAAAGCGCAAAUUACUGUCUGGUAUAGCCAUUCCACCCAUAAAAAAUCGUAAUUGAUUGUUAUCGGUAUUCUACACUCUGAGACUCCGAAUAGAAAUAACAGUUUUACAAUGAUUUUUGUAGUUUUUUACAAAUAAAUAUCCAGUUCAGAGACAGUUUUCCAUUGCAUAACAAAAUAUGUAUUACCAAAUAUAUGGCGUAAUCGAUAUGUUAAAUGAUAUGUUAAUAUGAUAUGUUAAAUUACAAAAUAAAUUAUUAAGUUUGCCGUUAGGAUAUUACUACUGAGUACAUUUUAAAUAAUUGAAACUUGCUGUAUUAAACAGGUGUUAUCGUAUAAUAUCGAUAACUAUUAUCUGAUAAUAUUGAUAACUAUGAUCAGAUGAUAUCGAUAACUAUUAUCAUAUGAUUUUGAUAACUAUUAUCGGAUGAUAUCGAUAACUAUUAUCGGGUGAUUUCGAUAACUAUUAUGGGAUGACAUCGAUAGUUAUUAUGGGAUGAUAUCGAUAAUUAUUAUGGGAUGAUAACGAUAAUUGUUAUCGGACAAUAGUAUUUCCAGAUAUAUGGCGAAAUCGAAAUCUAUUGAUAUGUUGAAUUAUCAUUGAGUACCUUUUAAAUAAAAUAAACUUGCUGUAUUAUCCACGUGUUAUUGUAUGUUAUCAAUGCAAUAACACUAACAGAUGAUAUCGAUAGUUAUUGUGGGAUGGUAUCGAAAACUAUUAUCGGUUGAUAUUUUUUACUAUUAUCGUAUAUCGAUAACUAUUAUCGUAUAUCGGUAACUAUUAUCGGAUAAUAUCGACAACUUUUAUCAAAUCAUAUCGAUAGCUAUUACGGGAUGAUAUCGAUAAUAACUAUGGGAUGAUAUCGACAAUUGCUAUGGGAUGAUGUCGAUAAUUAUUAUCGGAUAAUAUCAAAAACAUUUGCCGAAUGAUAUCAAUAACAGUGCACCGAUGAUGUAGAUAACUAUUAUCGUAUGAUAUCAAUAACAGUGCACCGAUGAUGUAGAUAGCUAUUAUCGUAUGAUUUCGACAGUUAUUAUCGGUUGAUAUUGAUACUUAUUAUCGUCUGAUAGCAAUAAUUAUUACUGCAUAAUAUCGAUAACUUUUAUCAAAUGAUAUAAAUAACAAUGCCCCAAUGAUAUAGAUAGCUAUUAUCGAAUUAUAUCGGUAAUUAAUAUCGGUUGAUAUAGAUACUCAUUAUCGUCUGAUAUCAAUAAUUAUAAGUGGAUGAUAUCGAUAAUAAUUAUCGGAUGAUAUCGAUAACUAUUAUCGGGUGAAAUCAAUAACAGUGCACCGUAUUUCUUUGCAGUAAAUCCAACGUGAAUCUAAAAUAAAAUACCGCCAUUAUUCUGGACCUUUAUCGUUUUAUCGAUAUUAUAUACAUACAAAUAUGGAGACAAUAAAGUGAAUCAAUUGCUGUAUUUUAUUUAAGUAGUAUAUAGUGCAAAUUACAAUUUAUCGGUUGUUUUUUUUUGUUAUCGCAUGAUAUCAAUAACUAUACAGUACAACUUUGCACUGUAACUCCAACCACCACAUUUGACUUGCACUAGAUAGGACUAAAAUAAACACAGCAAAUUUUGUCACAAAAAGCUCUUGUGCAUUAAUCACAACCUGAAGGAAGAUAGUAGAGCUUCCUUCGGAGGUUUCUGAUUUUCGCUUCACCCAGAACAAGUCAAAUGUACUGUAUAGAUUUCCAGUGCAAAGUAAUACUAAUAACAGGCGACUCUGGCCGUACUGAUAAACAUAUUCAGCAAGUUGAAUUACAUAUUCAGCAAGUUGAAUAACAUAUUUAGCAAGGUGAAUAACAUAUUCAGCAAGGUGAAUAAUAUAUUCAGCAAGGUGAAUAAUAUGUCCAGCAAGGUGAAUAACAUAUUCUGCAAGGUGAAGAACAUUCAGACAGCUUAGCAGCAUAUUCGGCAAGGUGAAUAAUAUAUUCAGCUUAUAAAAUUAUAUAUUAAUAAAUAAUUCAGAAGCUAAGUACAAUAGCUGCAUUAGAUAAUUCACCAAGCCGGAUACGAUUUUCAAAGUUGAAUAACACAUGUAGCAAGAUCAAUAAUUUCUAUCGCAAGCUGAAUUAGAUAUUCACCAAAUAAUCAAUUCAGACCCAAAACUAAAAUCAACUUAAAUUUUACACCAACUAUUCGUAAAAUUUAAAUAAACCGCAUAUCAUCAUCAAGGUGGAUAACAUUCACCAUGGUGAAUAUCAUGUUCAGCAAGGUUAAUAAUAUAUUCAGCAAGUUGAAUAACAUAUUCAGCAAUAUGAAUAACAUAUUCAGCAAGCUGAAUAACAAAUUCAGCAAGCUGAAUAACAUAUUCAGUAAGUUUAAUAACAUAUUCAACAAGUUGAAUAACAUAUUCAGCAAGGUGAAUAAUGUAUUCUGCAAGGUGAAUAACAUUCAGACAGCUAAAUAGAAUAUUCGGAAGGUGAAUAACAUAUUGAGCGAGGUUAAUAACUAUUUCAGUAAGGUGAAUAACAUAUUCGGCAAGGUGAAUAACAUAUUCAGCGUGGUUAAUAACUAUUUUAGUAAGGUGAAUAGUAUAUUAUAUAGUAUACAUUUAUAUAUUAUUAAAUAAUUCAGAAGCUGAAUAGGAUAAAAGUACCUCCAUAAGUUAAUCCAGCAAGCAGAAUACGACAUUCAAACUUGAAUAACAUAUUUAUCAUGAUCAAUAAUUUCUAUCGCAAGAUGAAUUAGAUAUUCAACAAAUAAUCAAAUCACACUUAAAACCAAAAUCUUCUUAAAUUUUACACCAACUAGUCGUCAAAUUUAAAUAAUCCUCGUAUCAUCGUCAAUUCCUAAAACGCUUUCUCUUUGAAUGUGUUAUUAAAAUGAUACCACAACACAAGUCAUUAAAAAAAAGAAAUCAUUCAACUCCCCUCCUUCGUUUUGUAUAUUACCUAUAAGAAACCCUAUAUAUAUCUAUGUAUUUAUACGAAAAAUUAUAUAUAUUUAUAUAUAAUUUCUUUAAUUAUUUUUUUAUUUUUUUAACUCUUGAAAACGAAAUCAAUCAAUCAAAAUGAGAGAAAAAUUCAGUCAUCUUCCUUAUCUUACUAUAUAAAUACUUAUAUAAAUAAAUUCGUAUAAUUUUACAUAAAUUAAAAACAAAACAAAAAAUCAAAUGAAAAGUGAAAAUAACAAAAAGUUAUCUACCGAAAUUUUAAUGCAUAAGAAUUGUUUUUUUUUUUAUUCGCUAUCGUUUAACACAUAAGCAUUUAUUAGUAAUUCUUUCUUAUGUUUAUCAUUUAAAGCAUAAAACAAAUUGUUCUGUUAAUUUUAAGUUAUUUUUAUUAUAAUUGAAUUCUUAUUUAAGUUUUUUUUAUCAAUUGAAAAAUGCGAAAAAUACGAAAAAUACUAUUGAAAAAAUAAAAAAAUCUUUUUGUUUUAAUUUUUUUUAUAAUUUUAAUUUUGUAAUACCAAUGUGUUUUUAUUGCUAAAGUUAACUAUGUAUUAAGUAAAUAUUUAUGUAUUUAAAAGAAAAAAGCAAAAGCAAAAAACGAAAAGAGUAAAUUUACAAAAUAAAUCGUUUUAUUAUUAUUUUGUGUAACAUGUACAUUAGAAUUUUGAAUCCAUCCAUUUUCAUAAUUUACAUCAUACCAAUAUUGCAUCCAUUAUCAUACACAAAUUGAAGAAGUUAUCAAAAACAAACCAAAAGAAUUGAUAUUUAUAUAUCAGCCAUCAAACCCCAUCCCACACCCCCUGCUCCCUUUCAUCCGUCUACCAGUGAAUAUAAAUAUUUGAAAAUGUGUUUUUAUGUUAUUAGUAAGAAAUGUAAAAAAAUUAAAGAAAAUAAUUACGAAAAAUUGUAAUAAAAUAAAUGAAAACAAAAAAGAAGAGAAAAGCAAAGCAUGGAAUUUUAUGCAUUUAAA